CUCUCUGCAUGGAUGGCCGUCGCCACCAUCUUCCUCCUCCUCCUCACCCUCUCUACCACCUCCGAUUCUGCUCCCACUUUCACCGCCUCCAUUCCCGCCAACUUCACAGCUUCCCACUUCCAGUUCAUCGACCAAUCCGGCGACUUCCUCCGCUCCAUUAAUCGCACUUACACCGCCGCCAUCGCCAACCCACAGCCGACGUCUCCGUCGUUCUACCUUCUCAUCUACCACUCCCAAUCCCACACCGUCGUUUGGUCCGCCAACCGCAAUAACCCCAUCUCAAAUUCCGGUCAACUCCGACUAUCCAACACUGGGUUAGCGAUCUACGACGAUUCCAGCGUACGCGUUUGGUCAACGCCUCCGAUCGCCUCCACGGUCGCUUCUUUGCAGAUGCUGGAAUCUGGAAAUUUAGUUCUUGUCGACCGGUUUAAUUCAACUUUGUGGCAAUCUUUUGAUUAUCCGACGGACACCGUCGUCUCCGGGCAAAGAUUUCCGGUGGGUGGAUCGUUAAUCGCGUCGAAAAGUCUGGGUGAUUUCUCGGAGGGAGAUUAUACGUUUGAGAUGACCGCCGGCGACGGGAUAUUACAGUGGCAAAGUUUAACGUAUUACAGACUUUUAAUGGAUUCCAAAUCUAUCAAAAAUUCAAACCAACCGUUUUCGUAUCUCAUGGUAAAUGGGUCGGGGUUUUAUCUGUUCGGAGACCCGGGAUCGGGGUUGGCGGCGCAGGUAUUGAUAACGGCGGCGACUGGAGAUUCCGAUUACCGGAUUUUGAAGAUGUCAACCGACGGUUAUCUCAUUGUUAUGAGAUAUACGAAUAAUGUUUGGGUUACGGAUUUCACGACGCCGGCGGACGAUAGUUGCCGGACUCCUUCCAGGUGCGGUAAACUUGGAGUUUGUUCCACCGGCGGCGAUUGUUCUUGUCCACCCGGAUUUCGAGGUGAUCGGAGCUCAAGUGGGUGUUCUCCGUCUGAUAGUUCACUGUCGUUGCCGGAAUCUUGUGGUGGUAACAGAACUCAACGGCGAUCUAACUCGUCGGAGAAUUAUAUCUACAUUCAGCUUGGAAAUGAAAUGAAAUAUUUUUCAAUUGGUUUCAUAAAUCCGAUUAAAGAAGGUGUGGAUUUAUCAAGUUGUGAAGAUCUUUGCUCUGCAAAUUGUUCUUGUUUGGGUUUCUUCCAUGGAAAUCCAUCUGGAUCAUGUUAUCUGCUUGAAAACCAUCUGGGUUCCGUCACCUCAAGCUCUAACAAUGGAGUCGGAGAUCCAUUAGGGUUUAUCAAAGCAAUAUCUUCAUCAUCUUCAUCUCGAAAUGUCGACGAUAAUUCGAAUUCCGAUUUCCCGGUGAUCGCUUUGGUGUUACUUCCGGCCUCCGGCGUUCUGCUAAUCUCCAUUUUCACAAUCUGGAUUCUUAGAAGAAGAAGAAGAAGCAAGAAGAUGGUUUUGAGAUCGAAGAAAUCGAUGAACAAUUCGUUCUCGGGAGAGCUCGAGGUGUUCUCGAUUGCGGGUUUACCCGUACGGUUAACUCACGGGGAUCUUGUCGAGGCCACGGCGAAUUUCGGUACUCAGAUCGGGUCCGGUGGAUUCGGGACGGUUUACAAAGGCGUCCUCCGCGAUAAAACGGUGGUGGCAGUGAAGAAGAUCACGGCUUUGGGUGCUCAGGGGAAGAAGGAAUUCGGGACGGAAAUCGCGAUCAUCGGUAACAUUCAUCAUGUGAAUCUUGUUAAGCUCAAGGGCUUUUGCGCCCAAGGAAGUGAGCGGUUCUUGGUGUACGAAUAUAUGAGCCGUGGUUCGUUGGACCGCACCCUCUUCGGUAGCGGACCGCCAUUGGAAUGGCAAGAAAGGUUCGAGAUCGCACUCGGAACCGCUCGUGGCCUUGCGUACUUGCACAAUGGGUGUGAACACAAGAUUAUACAUUGCGACGUUAAGCCCGAAAACAUUCUUCUAAACGACAAUAUGCAAGUGAAGAUCUCGGAUUUUGGGCUCUCAAAAUUGUUGAGUCCGGAACAAUCCGGAUUGUUCACAACGAUGAGAGGGACUCGAGGGUACCUAGCACCCGAGUGGCUAACAAAUGCAGCGAUCUCAGAUAAGACCGAUGUUUAUAGCUACGGUAUGGUUUUGUUGGAGUUGAUUCAAGGACGAAAGAAUUGCGUACAAGCGACGAACCAUAGCUCCGGAAACCCGACAAGUAGCACCGAUGGGCGGUCUUCGGGUUCAUCAGGAUCCCGAAACCAUCCUCGUCCACGAUCAUUUUAUUUCCCAUUACACGCAUUGGAGAUGCAUGAAGAGUGUCGGUAUUUGGAGCUCGUGGAACCUAGAUUAGCGGGCCGGGUGGCAAAAGACGACGCCGAGAAGCUCGUGAAGGUGGCUCUGUGUUGUUUGCACGAAGACCCGUCGUUGCGGCCCACUAUGGCGAACGUGGUCGGGAUGCUCGAAGGAGUGUUGGCGGUGGGUGAGCCGCGGUUGGAGUGUUUGAACUUUUUAAGGUUCUACGGAAGGCGGUUCACGGAGGCAUCAAUGGUGGAAAGCGGGGCGGAGGCGGAAAUCCCGGACGGGGUUAUGGUGGCCAACAAUGAUAAUAGUAGUAGUGCCACGGCAUCUCUCAACUCGUUUUCGUAUAUGUCGUCGCAACAAGUCUCGGGUCCUAGGUAGCAACGGCAAAACAUUGUUUGUUGAUUUUUCGGUUUUUAUUGACGGAAAAUUCUAACCGUUUAGUUUCGUAACGUUAAAUGUUACGAGAAUAAACGGUUAGAAUGUUUGUAACGUAGCUUUUUAUGGUUUUCAGGUUUUUUGGAUUGGUUUUAAUGUAAAGGAUUACCUUAAUUUAAUCA